AAGUGGUGCCACCUUCCAUUAGGCACACGCUCUUGUGCCGAGGACCCGGCCGUAGCUGCCAGCCUUCCAAGGUUGGCGCUUCUUUGGUGCUCUCCUCGCCUUGCUCUUUCCAGUCGACCUCCAAUGUAACUGCGGAAUGCGAUCUAAAGCCCCGGUUCAUAUAGACACAUAAUUACUUCCAUCUUCAUGCCUCCGCUCUGCUUUCUUGUUCUAGGGGUUGGUGCAGAGUAGGAAAAGCUCAUCAUUCAUCAUGUACAUGCAGCUUAGCUCCAAGGCAUUUGUCAUGUCGAGCAAGACGUACAAUCUAUCGAUGUCUGUGACUUCGAGCGUCUUCGUCCACAGCUCCCUGGGGAGCAACAUACCACAGGAAAAACUCAUUUGUCUAAUCCAAUCAAAACAGCUAUGGCUACUCCCCCGUGGUCUCUGUCGACUAGAUGUAGCCUUGCGCCUCUCCGAAUAUGAGAUUUGUAGUGAAGAACAAGAUGCUUUGGUCGACCUUGUCGUCGAUACAAUUUGUCAGUGUCCCUUAUGGUCACAGCUUGGUCUUAAAGCGAAGAUCCUUGAUGUCCAAUAUCGUGGAGAAGAGGGAAAUCAUCCCAAUCUAUAUUUUGGUAUUGAGCAACCAGACAUGUCUUCGGCUCUUAUAUCGCCUCCACAUGCCCACACCGCUCACUUGAGUGGUCUGGAAUGCAUUCUACAAUUCGCAUCUUCAAACCAUAUGGAAAAGAGCCCGGGAUCUAAGUUGUCCUCAGACCGCGCAGCCUGUUCGGAUGGGCUCAUCACCAACCAUCAACCGGAUUCACUUGAAUUAUGGGAGCAUUCGUCCGAUUUGGUCGAGGCCGCAUUUUGCAUUAUUAUCGGUACACGCAAGAUCUUCCAAGGGCUGUCAAUUCGUGAGCCCCAAAAGUCCCCAUCGUUACUCGAUCUCGCACCAGCAAUUUGCAAUUCUCGGUAUCGGAAGUCCAUAGUAAGCCACACCAAGUAUUUCGCUACACUAGCAAAUAUUUUUGCGUCAUCUCUUAACGGCCAAUCCCCCGAGCUCAGACGCAAAGGAGCAGAGCUUUUGGGAGGCGGUUCCGCCGAAUUGAACAGAGGCUCUAGUCAGCACUCGGUCACCCAACUAGAGUCAUCUGUUCAUCGUCUGUUAUGGGAUUCAUUGCAGAAUGAUGUGAAACCGACUAUUGGAACGAGAAGAACCAAAGCCAAGAAAGUUACAUUGCCGGCAGCUGAAUCAAAUCACCCAGAUAAGGAGAUCAACCAAAUCUAUACUCACCACUUUGAAUCGGAUCUAUCUGCCAUGCAAGAUCAACCUAUGUCAGAUUAUAUGUACGAGGAAAGCAACGACUUUCAUAGCUACGAAUAUGGUUAUGUGGUUCCUGCAGGACUAGGAAGCAUUAGCUCCGAACUUACUGGCAUUCCUUUGUCAUACUGAGAAGGCCCAAUGCUGGGCGGAAUCUACGGCAGAAGUUUCGAAGAUAAGCGAGCACGGUUGUCGAAGAAUGGAGAUUAGAGACAUAGUAGACAGACUACAAUUGACGCAUGUGUUGUAAUUCUUUCGACGUAAACAAAAUAGUUCAAGAGCUGCUUGAACCUCUCCGGUCUAAGGGUGCGCUGAGGUAGACAGAGGACCAUCCCAGUACAGCACAGGAUCUAUCCUUCUAGAGGCAGUAUCCUGACAUUAGUUCUAAAUGCCUCGUAGCCUAAUUUC